UAGUACUAAUCACGGCGCAAACAAGGAGAGUAUGGGGUUGGUUAAGGCAACCACCUCCUCCUCCUCUCCCCUCAGCAGGGGGAAAGAGGGCGUCUCUGGUGUUUCGCUGAGGCUCGGCCUGGCAGUCCUGUUGCUCUGCAUUGCGGCAGACAGCUGUGCGGCUUCGGCUCAACCCCCGCCAGACGAGAGCAACGGCGUGAAGGAGGGUCGGGACAAGUUUUACUGCUUCCGCGGCUUCAAGAGAUGCAUGAGCGGCAUCGAGCAGUGCAUCAAGCCAGAGCAGGAGUGCAAUGGUGUCAAGGACUGCGCGGAUGGGUCGGACGAGGGCCACCACUGCAAGUCCUUCGAUUGUGUAGCUGUGGGCCGGGACAGCUGUCCCAGUCGACGGAUGUGUAUGAACGUAACCACAGGCUAUGAUUACCAGUGGUAUGACUACACGCAGCACCUGUGCGACGGCGUGAAGGACUGCGCGGACGGGUCCGACGAAGACCCCACCUUCUGCGCUUCGUACGACUGCAACACGAACGUGCCGCAGCAGGAUUUUCUUCCGCCGCCACAGCACAGGCGGAGGUGUCCCGGCGGAAAGGGCGGGUGUGUGACUGAGGCGCAGCUGUGCGACGGAGUUGUCGAUUGCGUUGGCGACGGCGGAAGCGAUGAGCGCGACAAGUACUGCAAGAAGCGCGGAUGCUCCCCUUCUAUUCGCUGCAGCUUGUUUCAAUGCGAAAGCGGCAGGUGCAUCAGUGGCGAGCGUAUGUGCGACGGUAAGAAGGAUUGCCCCGGCGGCGAUGACGAGGGGGAGUUCUGCGAGAAGAUGGACUGUCCGUGCGGUCGAGUCAAAUGCGCAGGCGGGAGUAACCGCACCUGCAUCCUGUCGAGUCAGAUGUGCGACGGAGUGGAAGAUUGCCCAGGGGGAACGGACGAAAAGCGGUGCGACGAGUCUGCNGGGAGUAACCGCACCUGCAUCCUGUCGAGUCAGAUGUGCGACGGAGUGGAAGAUUGCCCAGGGGGAACGGACGAAAAGCGGUGCGACGAGUCUGCCUGCAUAGAGUAUGGCUAUUCCCUGUGUCCGAGCGGCAAGGAGUGCGCUUGGUUCACAAGGUGCGACGGCGUGAAGCAGUGCAGGGACGGCUCCGACGAGGAUCCCACUCUCUGUCGCACAUACAAUUGCUCCGACGGUGAAGUUAAGUGCAAGGACGGGGUCACUUGCAUCAGCCGAACGUCUCUCUGCGAUGGAGUGAAGAACUGCCCUGACAAGUCGGACGAGGACCCUGUCUUCUGUCGCACACGGCACAACUGCUCCUUGGCUUCUCCUUUUGCAUUGUAUCCUUACGUGAACUGCCCAGGAUCAGCCUACGUCUGGUGCACCACCGUCAGCCAGCUCUGCAACGGAGAUCAGGGAGACUGCUACGAGGGCGAAGAGGAAAAGCCGGAGUUUUGCACAUCGGAGAAAACACGCAAUCUGCUGGCCGCAAGCGGGCGCAUCACUUGCCGAAGUGAUAUGACACAGUUUAUCUCUGGAUAUUAUUGCGACGGGGUGCAGCAAUGUGAAGACGGGAGUGACGAGAGGCAUGGGUUCUGCAAGCGGUACAAAUGCCCCGAAGGCAGUGUCAAGUGCUACGGCAAGUGGUGUGUCACCGGAGGCCGCUGCGACGGCAAACGCGACUGCCCCGAUGGCUCAGACGAGAAAGGCUGCAACACCUAGGUGAGUGACGCAAGGAAAUCGAACAGCAGCUACGUACGACAAAGCAACGGCGACAGAGCAAGCCGGA